AGGUUCGUUCCCUCACGCGCUCCACCUCCUUCUUUGCUAGCAUGACUGCUUCGCAGAAGGAUGAGACGUCAUCCCAGUCUCUCUAGCUCCUCAAGAGACACUCCGGGCGUCGAGAAUCGCGCGACGAUCUCCAGCCACCGUUCACUAUCACCUGUUUUUUCAGAACAUUUUCCAUAGUAACGUUUAUUUUUUUUACACUAUCGAAAAGUAGAGAUUUCAACGAACAAAAGGCCCACCGAAUUAAAAAAAAAACUUUAACUUAAGCACCUGUGUCAGGCGGUAGGUGAGGACGCCGUGGUGCCUCUCUAGCCACUCCUCAAACAGGGGACUUACCGCUGCAAUGACAGCGAGCCCAGAUAAAUGUGCCCUAGAAAGGCACUAUUUAAUAUUCUAGUUCAGAAUGAGUGAAUUUGUUGUCCUUUCGGUUUUAAGCAAGUCCAAGUAACCUUGUUUGUGCGAUCUAAUUGUAAGACGGUGUUUAAUAUUAUAAAUAAAUACAUCCUGGUCAAAAAACAUUGGGUUUAUAUUUAUUUUAUUACUUUCACCAAUAUGUGUCGUGAAUUAUUAAUAAUCACUACUAAAAGUAAUAAAUUUCGAUCGAUUAUUCACAUUUACCAAAACGUGUGGUUAUAAUUAAUAAUUUUGUAAAAUUAUUAGUUAUUAUUUAAUUAUUAGUUAAUGAGGUGCGACGCGCGUCGUUAUCAGGCGCGUGCUAGCAGCGAGCCGCGGCGCCGCCCGUACCCCGCGACUGGCCAACACUCGCAACGCAACGCUCCGGGCUGGGCGACACCACGCGACCAGCAUCAUGCUUGGACUCAUCCUAACAGCACCACUCCUGCUGGCGGCAGUAGCUAGCGGUGAAGAAUACCGCAAACCUCUCAUCUCUCUGAGAGACAUGGACUUCGUGGGCGAGGACAGGCAGCUGGUGACUGCGCUGGGGCAGUGCAUGGCCGGGCUGCACGCGCCGCUCGACUUGAGUGACGUCGAAAUCAAGAUGGCCGCCGAGCGACGCCAGGCCGACCCCAUGCAACCACCAGAAGUUGUCGAGAUCAAGCCCGAUCUGCUGCCACUCGAUCUUGGCCACCAAAGGGUCAACAUCAGCUUGGACUACGGCGAACUGUUCAGUCUGGAAGACUCGGAACCCGAACAUUCCAACUUGUCUGACGCGCGACGUGUAUUGUGGUCAGAAGGAAUAAUACUGACACCUGCAAGAUAUCCUACAUAUAAGUACCCCGACAGGUAUUUAAUCUGUACAAAGAUUUUAGAAAUGAUGAAGCAGACGGUGUAUGGAGUACAGCACCAGCUCGUUGAAGUGGAGCCCUUAAUCAAGCAGUAUGAGAACGACGUGAGGUACCGCAUCGGGUACAUCUUCUCCAGGUUGGACGAAUGGAAGCAAGAAAUGCGCUCCUUGUUUUAUUCUGUCGAACGGCGAAAGUUGAAAUCUACGAAAGACUACAUAUACUACUACGAGCGCAUCCUAAGCCUUAACAUCGACGUGACUUACACGGUGGAGUACGUGAUCCACCUGCACGGGGAGUACAUGAAGAAGAUGGAACAAAUAUUACCUAAAAAUGAACGUCAGAAGAUGAUCGAAGCGCAGAGGCUAAAGAAGCAACACCAGGGUCGCACGUCCACGCCACUCCCGGGCUAGGCGAGGGCUCACUCACGAACCUCGCCCGACUGCCAAUUAAAACUAAAGUACA